ACUUCCGGCGGUGGCGCGGUCUGGCGGGGCGCGGGUGCCGGCCGCGUUCCAGGGGGUCCUCCCGGUGGUGCCGCGGUAAGGAGGGGCGCGGCGGCCUGGUCCGAGCGCGUCCGGGCGCUGGUCCGCGGCGAACCCCAGCCUGCUCGGCACCCCGGCGGUGCGGGAAGCGAGUCCCCAAGGCGGACUGUCGCCGGCGUCCCGUGUGGCCGCGGACAGCCGGACCGAGCAAAGGGCGGGAGGCCUCGAGCCCCUCCGCGGCGAGAUCUGGUCCCGGGGACACUGUCCAGACUGCCCGUCACCCUCCACACGGGUCCAGCCAGGCAGCGUUCAAUCCCGAGGCCGAGGAGGGCGAGGGAUGAGCCGGGGCCUCGGCUGGAAGGUGGUGCACGGGCACAGCGGUGGUUGAGGAGAGCGGCCCCUCCUCGGUGAACCUGCUGCCCUCGCCGGCUCCAGCUCUAGGCCGAGCUCAGGCCGCGGCUGAGCCUGGUCCUGUCUCCCCAGGUCUGGCCCUGUACUGGGCGCCCAGGCUGGGCCCGAGCCUGGUGCCCUCCCAUCCUCCCUCCGUGUUGUCGUGAUGCCCAAGCUGCAGGGGUUCGAGUUCUGGAGCCGCACCCUGGGGGGCGCCCGCCAUGUGGUGGCGCCCAUGGUGGAUCAGAGCGAGCUGGCCUGGAGGCUGCUGAGCCGCCGCCAUGGGGCACAGCUCUGCUACACCCCUAUGCUGCAUGCCCAGGUCUUUGUCCGGGAUGCCAACUACCGGAAGGAGAACCUGUACUGCGAAGUGUGUCCUGAGGACCGGCCCCUCAUAGUGCAGUUCUGUGCCAACGAUCCAGAGGUGUUUGUCCAGGCAGCUCUCCUGGCUCAGGAUUACUGUGAUGCCAUUGAUCUGAAUUUGGGCUGCCCACAGAUGAUAGCCAAGAGGGGGCACUACGGCGCCUUUCUGCAGGAGGAGUGGGACCUGCUGCAAAGCAUGAUUCUGUUGGCCCAUGAGAAGCUCUCAGUUCCAGUCACAUGCAAAAUCCGCGUCUUCCCAGAGAUAGACAAGACUGUGAGGUACGCCCAGAUGCUGGAGAAGGCUGGCUGCCAGCUGCUGACAGUGCAUGGGCGCACCAAGGAGCAGAAGGGGCCCCUGUCAGGAGCGGCAUCCUGGGAGCACAUCAGGGCUGUGCGGAAGGCUGUGGCCAUCCCUGUGUUUGCCAACGGGAACAUCCGGUGCCUGCAGGACGUGGAGCGGUGCAUCCAGGACACGGGCGUGCAGGGGGUCAUGAGUGCAGCUCCUGACUGGCCAGUGAACCAAGUGGUCAGUCCUGUCCUCGGUGUGAGGUGGCCCGAAGGGUGUCCUAGGCUUUCCUCUCCCAGCCCCAGGGUGGCCCCACAAGGCCUCCCCUCCCUCCUGCCUGCAGAGGGCAACCUGCACAACCCUGCGCUGUUCGAGGGCCGGAGCCCUGCCGUGUGGGAGCUGGCUGAGGAGUACCUGGACAUUGUGCGGCAGCACCCCUGCCCACUGUCCUGCGUCCGGGCCCACCUCUUCAAGCUGUGGCACCACACGCUGCAGGUGCACCAGCAGCUUCGAGAGGAGCUCGCCAGAGUGAAGACCCUAGAGGGCAUCGCUGCUGUGAGCCAGGCGCUGAAGCUGCGGUGCCAGGAGGACAUGUCCCGGCAGGAGGAGGGAGCCAGGCCGACUGGCGACCUGCCUUUCUUCCACUGGAUCUGCCAGCCCUGCGUCCGGCCAGGGCCCAGAAAGAGCACCAAGGAGAGCAGUGGUGGCCGCAGCAAGAGGGCCCUGGAGGAGGAGGAGGGUAGCACCGAUGGCCUGUCCAAGAACAAGCAGAAGAAGCAGCUGCGGAACCCCAACAAGACCUUCGACCCGUCUCUGAAACCAAAAUAUGCCAAGUGUGACCAGUGUGGAAACCCAAAGGGCUGUGUCCAGGCCAUGGGGCUUCUAGCAGAGGCUUCCAGAUGGUUUGCCCAGGCCUGGGAAGGACACUGGCCUCACCUCACUAGCUUUCCUGUGCCCAGGGCAACAGGUGUGUGUUCAACCUGUGCCGGGGCUGCUGCAAGAAGCGAGCCUUCAAAGAGACAGCAGAUUGCCCAGGUCACGGAUUACUUUUUAAAACCAAAUUGGAGAAGUCUCUGACUUGGAAAGGGACCCAACCCGGGCUGCAGGAGCCUCAACAGACUGGGCCAGGUGGCUUCUCUGAGAUUGUGGGCAGUGCCCUGGCCUGAGGAGCUAGCAGGAGCCACUCCCACCCCAGGCCUGCUACUGAGGCCUGGACACUUCUUAAGGAACCGCCUUUACUCAGGGAAUCUCCUGCUGUUUGACACGGAAGGACAUCCUCCCUGGCCCAUACAGGGACCUGGCAAUGCUGCACCCAGGCAGGCCCAGGCUGGACCUGCCCUGUCCACAGCUUGUAUGUUCAAAAGCGAACAAUAAAUCAUUUCAGAGACAUAUGUGCAGAGAGCCAACAGCCUAUGGCCAUCACCCUUCCAGACCCGGGGAGGGCCGUGAGCCGGGAGGGCACAAUGAGAACCAGCAGGGACCUAGGAGUCCGAGCAAACCUGAAGAGGUGGUGCACUACAGCCUUUGCAGAACGCAGCUGGGGACUCGGGUCCCCUCCUGACCUCCCCCGUGGAUGGGUAGUCAGAGGCUCCAGAGAGCAUCCCACAGGAGAGCAGGAGAUCUGGUGGCAGCUGGAGGGACCCAUGGAAGCCAGACAACCCAGGUGCAACCCAAGUGGCCACAGGAGGGAGGAAGGAGAGCCCAGAGCAACCAUCAGUCUGCUCUUUAAUGUACUCUGCAGUUGACACUCUGCAGCCCAAACAGCGCUUGAACAGGAGGGCUAGGGGGGCUGUGCUGCCAGGCAGGAGCCUGGGCACUGCAUGCAGUCUGUUCCCUGGGCAUGGGGGCCCAGGGGCCGGUCCUUCGUGGCCACAAUGGCACCUGUCUGCCUCCUCAGGCCCUGCAGCAGGGUCCUGCCAGUUGGAGGGGCACACAGAGGCCUUGCUAGAAGCUCAGGAGUAGCACCCAGUGGUCGGGCUGCUCAAGCUCAAGGUGAGCAGGCAGGAGACCCAGGAGCAUGUCCGAGGGGGCAGGGAAGGGCGUGCAAACCAUCCCGGAGGCCGCUGGGUGCCCCUCACAUGUUGGUGCUCAUCCGGGACUGGCUGUUGGCUGGAGUCAGCUCCCCCUGGCUCCCUUCUCUGGGAGGGGACUACAGUGGACAGGAGGGAGCUCAGCCAGGGGCUGCGCAGGUGCUGCCUGCUCCCUGAUGCCCCCAGCUGCUCACCUUGACGUGGAUCUGGUUGCGCAGGACAGCUGCCCUCAGGAUCAUGGCCUUGGCGCGUCGCUGGAACUCCUUGCCCAUCAGCAGAGACUUCUCAAAGGUGGUGCUGCGCUGAUCCACAUCGCGAGCAUACAGGAUCUGUGCAGGGACAGACUCAGCAGAGCCCGACAGGCACCCACGGCCCCCAGCCCCACGCCCAUACCACCUUGCUGUGCGAGUCGAUGCGCGCGUUAAUGAGCCCCUCCAGGAUGAGCUGCGUCAACUCGUCCUCCAGUGCUGCCACUGUGGUGUUGAAGGCCGCAGCCAUCUUGUGCAUGUCAGCGGACACAUAGGGGCUGAAAUACUGCAGGCAGAGAGGGUACCAGCUGCCUGCCACUCCAGGGCACCUCCACCCCUGCCAGCCUCUGCCCGCGCCUACCUGGAUGAGCGCGCGGUUGCGGAUCUGGGUGUACAGAGUCCUGACGUGGGGAGCCAGGUACAUGUCCAAGAGCAGGUUGUCCUGCAGAGGAAAGCUGGUGAGGGACCUUGCUGGGCAGGACCUGCCGGCACGGCCGAGACCUUGCCCCUCACCUUCAUCUCGUCCAGCAUCUUCAGGCACGAGGCAUACUUGGACUCGUAGAAUUUGAAGAUGAUGUCUCGGACCUGUGGCUCCAGCUCCAGGAACAGCUUGAAGGAGCUGCAGAUGUCAGAGUGCUCAGCCCACCUCCACCUCCCCUCUGCCCAGAGGGGCUGGCAGGGCCCUGCUCCCCACACAAGGCCUGGAGGGCCCCGCAUCCUACCCACCUGCUGGAGAUGACGUUCCGCUGCAGUUCCUGCCGGUCAAAGGUGGCCAAUGCGCACAGGCCACCGUAGAUGGCCACGUUGCUGGGGGAAAGCAGCUGAGGGGCAAAAAGGGAGACAGGUUCACUGAUGACCCAGUCCACCACCCCCUCAAGAGAAUACCCAGAACCCCGACAACACAACCUGCCGGCCUCACCUCGGGGAAGUCGCAGUGAUCAAACGAGGCCAGCAGGAAGCACUUGGCAGCCUGCUUGUACUUGCGUGCGGCCAGCUCAGCCAAG